UUCGUUGCACUUCAAGGGUUAAGCAAACUGCCCGAAAACAGUGGUCGCGCGACAACCAAUUCGAGCAGCGCUUGCUCCGCAAGCGCGCCAAUUGCGUGCGCCCUGUUUGUAAACAAAUCGUGUGUGUGUGUCCCGCUUCUGCCGUCCAGUUCAGGCACAAAAGCACCGCAAAAAAUGGACCCCGGAGUGAUUCGAAAGCUGGACGAGGUGGUCGUGAACCGUAUUGCCGCCGGGGAGAUCAUACAGCGUCCCGCCAAUGCGCUGAAAGAGAUGAUCGAAAACAGCCUGGACGCAAAGGCGACGAGCAUCACAAUUACGGUCAAAGCGGGCGGGCUGCGGUCACUCCAGAUCCAGGACAAUGGGACCGGCAUAAGGCGCGAAGAUCUCGGUAUCGUUUGCGAGCGGUUCACCACCUCGAAGCUGCAAUCGUUCGACGAUUUGUCCUCGAUCAGUACGUACGGGUUUCGGGGCGAAGCGCUGGCCAGCAUCAGCCACGUCGCGCAUCUAACGAUCGUCACGAAAACGAAGCACGAAAAGUGUGCCUACAAAGCGUGCUACGAGGACGGGAAGCUGAAGGGGGACAUUAAACCGAUCGCCGGCAACCAGGGCACACAGAUCACGGUCGACGAGCUGUUCUACAAUGUGCCGAUGCGCAAGCAGGCGCUCAAAACGCCGAACGAAGAGUUUCAGCGCAUCUCGGACGUGGUCAGCAGGUACGCGGUGCACAAUCCGCACGCCUGCUUCAUCUUGAAAAAGUUUGGCGAAACGGCCACCAUCCGUACGCAGGCGAAGACGACGGUGGCGCACAAUAUUGGCGCAAUCUAUGGGGCCGGCAUUGGGAAGGCGCUGGUACCGAUCGAGCUGCGGGAUGAGGUGAUGCAGCUCACGGUCGAGGGGUACGUGACGAAUGUGAACUUUUCGCUGAAGAAAGGCAUCUCGCUGAUGUUUAUCAACCAUCGGGCGGUUGAGUGCAGUGCGCUGAAGAAGGCGAUCGAUGCGAUUUACGCAGUGUACCUGCCGAAGGGUAGCGCACCGUUCGUGUACCUUUCGCUGGAGCUAAACCCCCAGAACGUGGACGUGAAUGUGCAUCCGACCAAGCACGAGGUGCACUUCCUGCACGAGGAGGAAAUUGUGGAGAAGGUGAAGCUGCUUGUGGAGAGAGCGCUGUUGGGUGGGAAUGCGGCACGGUCAUACACGCAGGCGUUACUGCCAGGGGCCACACAACCGUUGGACAGUUCGAAAGUGAACGAAUCGAUGGUGGGAGGCGGUGAUGAGAAGCCACGGUUGGAUUACAAGUUUGUCCGUACGAGUCACAGUGAGCAAAAGUUGGAAAAGUUCUUUAACAUAAGUGGAAGUGGAGCUGGAAGUAGUGCCGGUGGUGGUGAUCCAAUCAAAGAGGAACCACAGGACGAGGUGGUUGAGCCAAAACUAACGCAACCAUCACCAUCGAGGAAGAAAAAAGUUGUAAAAAGGGAAACACGGCUUCAUAGCAUCCACACGCUGCGCCAGCAGGUGGAAUCGGAUGGAGAUGAAAAUCUGCGAAAAAUAUUCCGCGAGCUCACCUACGUCGGUACGAUCGAUCGGGAGCAAGUGCUCAUCCAGUACGACACCAAGAUGUACCUCUCAAAGGUGCAACCCAUCGCGGAGGAACUGUUCUACCAGCUGUUGCUGUUUAACUUUGGAAACUUUGAGCGUCUUACCCUGUCCGAGCCGCUCGACCUAAAACGUCUGGUGCACGCGGGCUUGGAUGAUCCGGCCUCGGGCUACACCGAGGAAGACGGACCGGCCGACGAACUGGCGGACGUGAUCGUACAAAAGCUCGUCUCAAAAGCGCCCGUCUUGAGGGAGUAUUACAAUCUCUCCAUCCGGGAGGAUGGUUGCCUCGAAUCGUUACCCAAACUGCUCGACAACUACAUUCCUUCGCUCGUGUUUCUGCCCAUGUACGUCAUACGGCUCGCGACGGACGUCGAGUGGGAGGAGGAGCAGGAGUGCUUUCGUACCUUUAGCCGUGAAACGGCACACUUUUUCUCGCGCAUUGCGCUCACGAAGCCCGAAAAGGAGUACCGGUGGGAGCUGGAGCACGUGCUUUACCCUGCCGUACGGAACUAUCUCAUACCGCCGAAGGAGAUGGCGAAGAAUGGUUCGCUACUGCAGCUGGCCAGCUUGCCGGAACUGUAUCGGGUGUUUGAACGGUGCUAAGAACUACUCACACACACUCGCCGGGAGAGUUUGGGAGGCAAAUAAAUACUUUCUUAUUGAUUAA